AUGAAUGAUAACGAUGAACUGAUCAUUGAAGAUGAUAAAAAUGAGAAUUUGACCAACAAUAGAUCAGAUUCGCUAACUUCGCUGAAUGGAAGCGUUGAGAUUAAUGUUGGAAACAGGCAGCUCUCAAAGGAAUAUUCAAUGGAUAUUGACGACGUGGAGGUUGAGGAUGCAAGCAAUAGGAGAGGACGUUUAAGACGAUUAACGAUGCCGUUAAUUUAUCAAAUGUAUGAAAGUCAGUAUGACGAUUUAAGUGGAACCGUUGUUGGUCCAGACAGUCCACAUUUCCGCCCAGAACUUGCAAGUGAAACUCUAAGAAAAGCGCUGAGUGGCAUUGGUGAGUUUCAAUUGAUCAUAUCAACGGAAAGAAGAUUUGUGCGUCAUUGA